AUGGACAAAAUCGAGACACCCAAGGAGGAGCCCAAGGAGGAGCCACAGAACAGAUACAAGCCAACAAUCGUGGAAGAGUACCAGAUGAAAUGGGACCAGAUGCUUCAAGACACCGCAAGGCAAAUCGACCAGAUUCGAGAGAACGAGCUAGCGAGGAUGGCAAAUAACAAGAAUAAUGAUGAUGAUGAUGACGACCAGCGCCAGCGCCGUUGA